AGGUUUAACUGUCUCCAGGGCAGCACCCGCAGGGCGGCGAACCUACACUCUCGCGUCCAGGGGCUCCCGCAUCCGCGUGCUCGCAGGCAGCCCCGGCGCCGCGCCGCGCUGAUUCGCUGCCGCGGAGACUGCGGCGCCCGCGACGCGCCCGCCCCUCGCCGCGCGCACCGGCUGGUGCAGCCUCAGUCUGUCUGCAGCCGCGGCCACCGCGAGCAGUGCUGCAGCCGGGGCUCCGACGCCUGAGAUGCCCGCUCAGCGCCCCCGAGGACAGCACCGGCGAGUCCCCAAAGCCCGCACGAUGCAGGCCACUGCCGAUUCCACCAAGAUGGACUGUGUGUGGAGCAACUGGAAAAGUCAGGCUAUCGACCUGCUGUACUGGAGGGACAUCAAGCAGACGGGGAUCGUGUUUGGGAGCUUCCUGCUGUUGCUCUUCUCUCUGACCCAGUUCAGCGUGGUGAGCGUCGUGGCCUACCUGGCCCUCGCAGCACUCUCGGCCACCAUCAGUUUCCGCAUCUACAAGUCUGUUUUACAAGCUGUGCAGAAAACCGACGAGGGCCACCCUUUCAAGGCCUACUUGGAGCUCGAGAUCACCCUGUCUCAGGAGCAGAUUCAGAAGUACACAGACUGCCUGCAAUUCUACGUGAACAACACACUUAAAGAACUGAGGAGGCUUUUUCUCGUUCAGGACCUGGUGGAUUCCUUAAAAUUUGCGGUCCUGAUGUGGCUCCUGACUUACGUUGGCGCUCUCUUCAAUGGCCUGACCCUGCUGCUCAUGGCUGUGGUUUCAAUGUUUACUCUACCUGUAGUGUAUGUUAAGCACCAGGCACAGAUUGACCAAUAUCUGGGACUUGUGAGGACUCACAUAAAUGCUGUUGUGGCAAAGAUUCAGGCUAAAAUCCCAGGCGCUAAAAGGCACGCUGAGUAAGUCAGUACCCCACCAGGGACUGGACACCAAUGGAAUGUCUGAAGUGGUAACAGCUCUGUCUUACGUGUUACUGCAAAUCGAUUGUUUCUCUCCCCAGUACCAUAAUCUUAGAGACAAACUUUAAAACAGCUGUUUUUAGGCUGUUCCUGUACUCUUAGGAUAUUUGAGUCCCUUGUGUCAAGCACUAAAGUAUAGAGAAAAGUGUAUUAGAUGUGGUUUUUAAUUUUGUGUUGCUAAAAAAAGUGCAUGAUGGUGAGAGCCCAAGCUAUCUUUCCUUCGUCGAUGUUCUUCUCUGCAAUGCCUCUGUAGCUUCUCAUGUUCCCUGUGGCUAGGCCUUUCCUGCCCAGUGCGCUGAUGCAAUAGUGGAAACUGCUUAUAUGUCCUUGGGUUGCUGGUUGGAUUAAUCUUUAAUAACAAUAUAUAGACUUGUAGACCAAUGGUUAAGUGUUUUUCCAACACACACAACAUAAAAAUAAAAACAAGUCGACCGUACUUAGGAUAGUCAGUUUUGUAUAACUUAAAAUAAUUAAAUAAAUGAAUAAACCCAAAACAAACACGCAGUACUUUUGUUGUGUGAAACUGAUGGGCUGAUUUACAUGUAUGGUAACUAAAAAGUACCAGCAUGUUAACUUUGUUACAAUUUGUAUUACUUUCUCUGUAGUUCUAAUGGAUUUAAUUAUGGACUCUGGAUAUUUGCACUUAUGUACUUGAUAAUGAAUGCAUAAAUAAAUGUUACUAAAUGUAGAAA